AUGGCCCAGGAGGCCAUGGACGUUGACCUGCAGCAGCCGGCCGCCAGCGGGAACCCCCCGCGGAGCCACCGGCGCGCCCGCGCCGCCUCGCAGCGGGCCGCCCGGAGCAGUUCCACAGCACCACUUGACAGCUACUUCCAAGUCAGCAGAACGCAAGCCGCCGCAGCAUCUCACCAACGGCCAGGUCACAGCGGGAACAGUUCAGAUGAGACUGUGGUUCUGAGUGACUCGGAGAACAACAGUGGCAGUUCCUCUGAAGGGGAAGGGGAACUUACUGGAGCCCUUGAGGAGCCACCUGAACCAGCCAGCUUGGGAGUGUCUGGCUCAGCCCACGUGGCACCUCCUGGAGACGCUUCUGGUGACCCAGAGGAGGCUGACCUGCCAGGCACCACGGUCCAGCAGAAGGUGACAACCCCGUUAAAAGGAGAGGAUCCCUCGGUCCUGCCAUUUCCUGCAGAGGAGGAGAGCGGUGACACCUGCGCCAUUUGCUUCGAGGAGUGGACAAAUGCCGGGGAGCAUCGGCUCUCCGCGCUGCGCUGUGGGCACCUCUUUGGAUAUGGCUGCAUUGAGAAGUGGCUGAAGGGGCAGGCAGGGAAGUGCCCGCAGUGCAAUAAGAAAGCAAAGCGCUCUGACAUAGUUGUGCUGUACGCCCGGACUCUGAAAGCCUUGGACACCAGUGAACAGGAACACAUGAAAAGUUCUUUAGAAAAGGAGCAAAUGUUGCGAAGAAAAGCAGAGCUGGAAUCAGCUCAGAGCCGCCUCCAGCUGCAGGUCUUGACGGAUGAGUGCAGUAAACUUCGGCAGCAGGUUCAGGAGCUGAAGGCCCUGAUGGCCCGGCACAGCGGCGGCUCCUCUCAGCAGCCGAGCAACUCCCGCUCUUGCUUCCCAGGCUGCCUCUCCAGCCAGGGCCAGCACAAGUACCAUUUCGAGAGAGCCUUUUUGGUGUCGCAGGCGGGCAACUGCCGCGUCAUGGCCUACUGCGACCCGCUGAGUUGCCUCGUGGUGUCACAGCCCUCUCCACAAAGCACCCUGCUUCCCGGCUGGGGAGUCAAGAUGAUGAGUGCCGUCAACCUGAAGAGCAGCCAGUAUGUCCCCAUCCACAGCAAGCAGAUCCGGGGCCUGGCCUUCAGCAGCCGCGCUGACGGCCUGCUCCUGUCUGCCGCCCUGGACCACACGCUCACGCUCACAAGCCUGACGACGAACACGGUUGUGCAGACGUACAACGCCGGCCGCCCCGUCUGGAGCUGCUGCUGGUGCCUGGAUGACACCAACUACGUCUACGCGGGACUGGUCAACGGCGCUGUCCUGGUUUACGACCUGCGGGACACGAGCGCUCACGUCCAGGAGCUCGCACCACAGAAAUCCAGGUGCCCCGUGGUAUCUGUCUCAUAUCUUCCUCGAAUGGCUUCUGCCUCCCUGCCCUACGGUGGGCUGAUGGCCGGGACUCUGGAAGGAGCCUGCUUCUGGGAACAGAAGGCCAGCCGCUCCUACCAGCCUCACCACCUCCUCCUGGAGCCCGGGGGCUGCAUCGACCUGCAGACGGAGGCCAGCACUCGCCACUGCCUCGCCACCUUCAGGCCCAAUCGAAACCACGGCUGCUUGAGGUGUGUGGUGAUGCAGCUGACCUGCACGCAGCUGACGGACGGGGCCGAAGAGGUGCUCUGCUCGUGCCGCCCAGUCCAGACACUUACCGCGGGUCCGACGUGCAAGCUCCUGACCAAAAAUGCCAUCUUCCAGAGCCCCGAAGAUGAUGGCAGCAUUCUUGUGUGCGCUGGGGACGAGGCGUCAAACUCUGCCAUGCUCUGGGAUGCAGGGAGUGGCUCCCUGCUGCAGAAGCUCCCAGCGGACCUGCCCGUGUUGGACGUCUGUCCGUACGAGGUGAAUCGCAGCAGCUUCCUUGCGACCUUGACGGAGAAGAUGGUGAAGAUCUACAAGUGGCAGUGACCCUCGGCCGGGCGCUUUCCUGGUGAGCCGGUCUCCCCAUGGAGUCAGUUUCCCACAGGCCGGUGCUGCUGCUGACUAGAUGCCAGUUGUCGCAAGCGCAUCAAUCAUGCUGGCAAAACCGUGCACCUCAGGGUAACCCCUCCCCCCACUGCCUAGCGUAGCCCCCAUGCUUGUUCUUCAGGUCCUCUUUUUAUUUAUGGGCAGUUGCUGCUGCUUAUUCUUACAGCAAACUGUAUCUUGUUCAGGAUCCUCUGUUUUCCAGGAUUUACUGCCAUGGCCCCCCUGAAGAAUGAUUUGACUGCAGUUUAUGUUUUGUAGCGCUUCCAUUGACACUUGCUAAAAUUGGUUGGAGGUUCUUAGCUUUGCUCAUCAUGUGACCUGGAUGCUUGCAGCAUCAGCAGGACCUCUCAAGUUACUUCUUCCUUACUGCCACGCGUGAAGCAGAGGGCAGCUUGCAUGUCUGGUUUAGUCCAUCUGCCAAUAAGGAGAUUGGGAUUUUUCUGCUGUGAGUUCUUCCAGUGAGUCGUGCCCUGCUUAUGAUGGGAUUUGAUGGGGGCAGUGGGUAGAAUUUGCUCAACACCAGCAGCUGAAGUACAGUUUCAGUGAAAAACGUAAUUGUGGCUUGGUGAAGAAUCAAACUUCAGGUACACAUUUUUAAGUUUUAUGAGACUUCCUACAGCUCUGCAGUGAGAACUGUCUCUGAGAGAUCACGGGGAGUUGAAGCACAAACCCAGUUCAGAAUCCUACCAAGUCUACUUGCAGAGGGAACAGACCUGCCUUGCUGAGGAUGUGUGCUGGGGAAGGAAAUGGGGGACAUUUAGUUUUGUUCCUUGCCAAAGACCAACAAUCAGGCGUUUGGUGUCAGCGGCAACACUGACUCCAUCUGAGAACCUUUCUUGGCUUUGCUUGAAGCCAGCGUAAAGUGCACCUUUUGGUGUUGCCUCGGCUGUGUACCAAACUACAGAACAACAUUCCCAAAGUGAGAGUUUGACUCACUGUCUUGCUGCCUGUUCCUGUUGUCCUUACCCUCAUGUCAUACUUGUGUUUCUGUAUUGCCUUUCUUUUUUGCAUAAUAGGAAGAAUGAAGUAUGAUUAGUCUAAUACCUGAGGAUUCUGCCGAAUGGCACAGCAGGUCAGAGCAAUGCUAAGUGGAGAUGCGCAAACUCUGUGGAACUGGCACUAAUUGCACUUCCUAAAAUGCCUAAAGGGGGAAGUGAAUGCCUAAAGGGCUUGUAUUUGUGGAUCCCCAGAUCUUGUUGAAAUAAUGCCUCUUGUAACUGAUAGUUCCUUGUGGUUUGGGAACAAGCAUGGAACUGAUUCUUAAUUUGCCUGGAAGUUAACUGCACCCAUCCCUCACCCACCGAAACACACACACACACACACACACACACAAAGUUGUCUAUGCUGGCCAGGGCUGAGGGGAGUUGUAGCUGCCCAGAUGUUUUGUUCAACAAGUUGGCCACCUCUCUUUAGUUCAGAAUGAAAGGGAGUUUAAACAAGCUUUUACCAUGAUCUCUUGCAAAGGGCAACAAGCUGCAGUUCAGCUUUUAAUAGCAGACCAGUCACUUUAUAUUAAAGUACAUGAUAUAGAAUGUAAUGUAAAUACAUGUUUGUGGCUCUGACAUCAGAAUUAGAAUUGUUCUGAAUUGAUAUACUUCUGCAUAAUAAAGCCAUUUUGUUAUCAAA